GCCACCCAAAUUUCAAUCCUCUUUCCUUCUCUCUCCAAAAUAUCUCCUAUCAAAUUUCCCAUCCCAACAGGGUAUACCCCUCCAUAUAUAAGCAUCCCUCACAAACAAUCACAGUAACCUUUUCUUUUUCAUCUUUCUUUCCAUCAUCAUCAACAACAAAAACAACAAAAACAAACAACAGUAACAUCACCAUAUCAAUAAAAUCAUUUUCAAACACAACCCUAGAAAAAACAACACCAUGUCCCUUGAAGACUCUCUAAGAUCCCUUUCUCUUGAUUACCUAAACCUCCUCAUCAACGGACAAGCCUUCAGCGACGUCGUUUUCAGCGUCGAGGGCCGAUUAGUCCACGCUCACAGAUGCAUCUUAGCAGCAAGGAGUCUCUUCUUCAGAAAAUUCUUCUGUGGGCCAGACCCACCUGCCGGACUCGACCCUUCAGGCAACCGAGUCAACUCAGCAACAAGGUCUGGCGUCAUACCCGUUAACUCGGUCGGUUACGAGGUUUUCUUGUUGAUGCUUCAGUUUCUCUACAGUGGUCAAGUUUCUAUUGUUCCUCAGAAACAUGAACCUAGGCCUAAUUGUGGUGACCGUGGCUGUUGGCAUACGCAUUGUACAUCGGCCGUUGAUCUCGCUCUUGAUACUCUCUCCGCCGCGAGAUACUUCGGCGUUGAACAGCUUGCAUUGCUCACUCAGAAACAACUUGCUAGCAUGGUGGAAAAAGCUUCAAUUGAAGAUGUAAUGAAAGUGCUACUAGCAUCAAGAAAACAAGACAUGCACCAGCUAUGGACAACAUGUUCUCACCUCGUCGCGAAAUCGGGUCUUCCUCCGGAAGUGCUAGCGAAACACCUUCCUAUAGACAUCAUAGCUAAAAUCGAAGAGCUUCGAAUGAAAUCAUCCUUAUCACGCCGUUCCCUAAUCCCUCACCACCACCACAAUCCGCACCAUCACCACGAUCACCUCACCGCAGCAGCAGACCUCGAAGACCAAAAGAUCCGUCGGAUGAGACGUGCCCUCGACUCCUCAGACGUCGAGCUAGUUAAACUCAUGGUAAUGGGAGAAGGACUGAACCUCGACGAAGCAUUAGCAUUACCUUAUGCAGUUGAGAGUUGCAGUAGAGAAGUGGUGAAAGCGUUGUUAGAACUCGGUGCAGCUGAUGUUAACUUCCCGGCCGGUCCAACUGGUAAAACCCCGCUUCACAUUGCGGCCGAGAUGGUCUCGCCCGACAUGGUCGCGGUCCUGCUCGACCACCACGCAGACCCGAAUGUAAGAACAGUAGACGGUGUCACACCUUUGGACAUUCUCAGAACCCUAACCUCAGACUUUCUCUUCAAAGGUGCUGUCCCUGGAUUAACCCACAUAGAACCAAACAAACUAAGGCUGUGUUUGGAGCUUGUUCAAUCUGCAGCUCUUGUCAUGUCAAGAGAAGAAGGAAACAACAACAAUAAUGCCAAUAACAACAACACAGGCUCUUCAGGAACAAACAUGUACCCUCACCCUCACAAUCACAUGAAUGAAGAACAUCAUAGUCAUCACAACAACAACAGUAACAUGGAUUCAAGGUUGGUGUAUCUUAACCUUGGUGCAAAUACUCAAAUGAGUACUUCAAGAUUGGAUUCUGGUGAUGAUGAUCAUAAUAAUCAAAGGGAAGCUAUGAAUCCAUCCAUGUAUCAUCAUCAUCACUCUCAUGACUACUAAUUUAUUCCAUCUUUGCAUCUAUUUCGAUUACCAUUAAUAUUGGAAGAGUAUGGUGGAUCACAACAACAACAAAAGAAAAAGAACACUUUGUUUUGUGAAAUGAUAGUGGUAAUCACUGUUCCUUUGGCUCUAUGAUGUUUCAUUGAGUUUUUUUUUUCUUUUAUUUUUAUUAUUAUUUUGGUUUUAGGCUUAUGAAAUGGUCACCAUUUGAAGUGCGGUUUCAUAGAAGAUUGGGAUAAGGGACAAGAAGAAUCUAAUUAUCAAUUUUAUUUUUUUUCUUUUUUGGAGGAAACUUUAGGUCAAUAUUUAUUUUCUUUUCAGAUAUAUGGAUUUUCUUCUCCUUCAUCUGUCAACUCUUUCAUUUGUAUUUACUGAUAUGAAGCUAAUAUCACGGCCUAUUUAUUGUUUUUCUUUCAUUAUUUCAAUUCAUCUUGUCCCACCCCCCACUUUCUCUCAAGUAUCCCUCAAUUAUUUAUAUCAGUAUUUGUGUACAAUCUUUUAUAUGAUUAGGAAAGGUUGAUUUAACCCAACAAAAAAAGGUCUAAAUUAGUAAGGAUCUCACUUAUUUUAAUUAGGGU